AUGCACUCUUGUUGUUCUCCGGUGGCUGCAGUCAAGAUGGCAGGUGUCUGUGCGCUCCGAGUGGCACGAGCGGGAGAAGGCGCCGCGCCCGCUGCCAACCACCACUCCGACGGGAGCCAAGAGGAGCAGGCGCCCACCUCUGCGAGAGACGGGGAAGUUCAGCCACAGCCACAGAGGUCUGAGGGGGAGAAGGGGGGGAGAGGGAGGGUGAGGGGUGGUAAGGAGACAUUAGCCCUGUUCCCACCAUCUCUACUCUCGACUCGAUUGGCCGAAAGUACAAUUGCAAACCUGUAG